AUGUCGUUCAAAGUUCUCUCGCUGCUCCUCGCGUCUCUGGGCUUUGUUUUGAUGGAAGAGAACGUCUCGGGGGUGAGUCCAAGGGCUCCCAGUGCCAGACCAGUGCAACGACGCUACUCGGAGGCCACCCUGGCGAGUGACUACAGCCGCACGAUGGACACCAUGCUGAAAAAGAACUUUGUGGAGUGGUUGCUCGCCAGACGGGAGAAGAAAAGCGACAACAUCAUCGAGCCGUACAGGAGGGAAGCUGAGCCCCAAAUACCAGCUGUGAACGGCCAAAGUUUGGACCUGGGCACCCAAGAAGCCAAAGACUUCUUCAGCUGGCUUCUGAAAACCAAGAAAAGUCAGAGUUCUGCUUCCCCAGAAGGUUCAGAGGGUUUGAAGGAUGUUCUGAACCAGGAGUUUCUGACAUGGCUGAUGUCGACCGAUCUCUGCAGACCAAU